CGUCACACCCCAAAGUCCCCGCUGUUUUUAAUCUUUGUGAUCUGCAUGAGUAGCAGUGGAACAAAACAGGACUUGGCCGAACCGCGUUCGGAAGACGCAGAAUGUGGAGGGAAGGCGUGACUGUAAUCAUGGUGAUAGCGGAGUGCUUGGAUGUGGGCUUGAACACUGUUAACAAAGCUGCUAUGACGAGAGGGAUGAGUGAAUUCGUCUUUGUUAUGUACUCCAAUUCCCUCGCCUUUUUUUUCCUUCUCCCAGCUUCCUUCAUAUUUUACAGAAAAAGGUCUCUUCCUCCGCUCACAUGGAGCAUAGUCGGUGGAAUGUUUGUUACUUCCAUGAUUAGUUGUAGUGUACAGAUACUUAAAGCUUUGGGGAUAGGUUACAGCUCUCCUACUAUGGCCUCAGUAGCGUCUGAUCUAAUCCCAGCCUUCACUUUUUUUCUGGCCAUCAGCUCCGGUCGCGCCAGGUGUAUUGGCACCAUUGCAUCAAUCACAGGGGCUUUGACUGUCACUCUAUACAAAGGCCUACCAAUUAUGGUUGCCUCAUUACCCAAGAGAGUGGAGGUCGGCCAAGAUUUUUUAACGAUGCAAUCAAACUGGCUCCUUGGGGGCUUUCUCCUGGCGUCUGGAAGCUUUUUACUUGCACUUGGGUUCAAUAUACAGACAAGGAUUAUUAGGGAGUACCCUGCAGAGCUGAUUGUGGCACUCAUUCGCUGUAUCUUUGUGGCCAUCGUAUCUGCCAUCAUCUCAUUAAUUGCAGAGAAAGACCCAAAUGCUUGGAAAUUGAGCCUCAAUAUGGAGUUGAUCGCUAUAGGAUACUCGGCACUGUUUUCAAUUACAAUCCGAGCAAGUGUUUAUCUAUGGGCAUGUCGUGAGAAAGGGCCUGUGUAUGUAGCCAUGUUUAAGCCCCUUGGUAUAUUCAUUGCGGUUGUCAUGGGGGUUACUAUUCUUGGGGAUACUCUUUAUCUUGGAAGUGUGAUUGGAGCGGCAAUAAUAGUUCCUGGGUUUUAUGUUGUGAUAUGGGGGCAAGCUCAUCAAGAGAUUCAACCGGUUGAUGAAGAUCAUCCAAAUAGUAGCCUUGAGUCAUCUUCUCCUAGUCAUGUUCCUAUUUUGCAGAAUAAAAGCACUGACGUAUACAGUUCUCUCAAAAAGAUGAUAGAAGCUAGCUCAUUUAAAGCCUUCCUCUACGUAUUUGUUGCUGAAAAUUGUAAUUGAUUAGCCAUAAACAUGCGUUAUG